CCGUUGGUCAGAUCCGUUGAGGAUGGAGAAGCAGUCAGACUAUGCUUGAGGGGGCUAAAGUGUCGUGUGCAAAGACUACUUGUACUUAACCUCAGCGAGGCUGCUACUCACCAACAGUUGAUCAGAGACUGAGUAUCCUAUGUCGUGGGACUAUACCUGUUAAAAGAACAUGAAUUCUGAAAAUAUGGAAUCUGAAAAUGCGGAAACCGAAAAUAUGGAAACUGAAAAUCUAGAAUAUGAAAAUAUGGAAAUUGAAACCAUUUCUUCAGUUUCAGCUCUGCAAGCCCUCUCUAAGCUACUUUAUCCCGAAGAAGAGGAUGAUUUUGAGUCUGGACAGCCAAAUUGUUCAUCUGUCCUUGGAGCCAUGGGUCCUGGGAAUAUUGGACCACCAACAACAGAAGAGGUCCAAGUCAUCCCUCAAAGCAGUGAUGAAAACGGCGAGGCUAUCUGGAAUCCAGAAGAGGUUCCAGAGGGAGCAGAGCAUGAGGACAUGUGGGAUGUUAGAGAAAUACCAGAGUAUGAGAUAAUAUUCAAACAGCAAGUGGGAACUGAGGAUAUUUUCCUAGGAUUUUCGAGAAAAGACUCUUCAACCGCAUGUUGUGAAGAUCUAGUGGUUAAAAUUAAACUGCCAAAUACAAACCCUUCUGAAAUUAAAAUUGACAUCCAAGAAAUGGUUCUUGACCUCCGUACUCCUGAUAAGAAGCUGUUGAUAACCCUUCCCCAUCCUGUGGAAUGCAACAGUGCCAAGGCCGUCUAUGUUCUGGAGACUGAGACUCUUGAAGUCACCACAACUUUGAAAAGGGAGUUGGAUUUCAUUAAUUUCUUCUAAAACUUCAUGAGUAAGGAGGAAAAGGGGUACAUUGGAGUGCUUAAAAAAAUAAAAGAAAACUUUGGAAAACAUUAGUUAAUGUUUUCUCUCUUCUUUAUUACUCUGACAUAUUUCAGAAAGGGUCUCAAUUCAAUUCAAGUGAGAUCCUGAUCUUUUGACAGUCAUUUCUAUUACUCUGAUGGAAAAUAUUGUUUUCUCAUAUUCAUAAGCUAUUCCAUUUUUAUAGCAAUAGCUGGAUAUAGCUGACAGGUUAUCCAGUUAGAUUACUGCAUGGUCAAUUAAAACUGAAAUAUGACCAUGAAAUGGUUGGUCCACUUAUUUCAGGAGUCUGAAGAACUUAAGCCGAUUAAGUAUAUACUAUGAUACAAUCAGUUGCAUUGCAGUUGGUCGUUAUUAUUACCAGAAAAGUUUAUUUGGUUGCCUUUUCAUUGAUUUUAUCAAAUGAUUUAUAGUGUUCUCUGGUUAGGCUUUCACAAUUCUGGAAGAUACAAAUAACAAAAGAUUAUAAAUAGUUUGGUGUACCAUACUAACACGUUUUACUUGAAUAAGAAAUACUCCAGAGCACACAGCAUUAUUUUGCUUCCUCAGUCUUGCUCUCCAUGUUUGGAUCUAGUUGGGUUAAAAAUAGUCUUCCUUUUGUGCUCUAAUAAUUAGUAGCAAUGCCUUUUGGGGUACUGUGUGUAUAUUUAGUAUCAAAAUCCUUGACAUUUAAAAGGAAUAUAAAGGAAAGCAUAGUGCAUUUACAAAAGCUGUUCUUUCUCAUUUCCUAUCUUUAUUUGUAAUUGGCCAUACCUAUUUUUAUGAAUUAUGUCAAUGUCACCUGCCUCUUCUAGACUGUAUUGCCUGUUUAUUUCAGAAUUAUUUAUGAAUAAAUCACAUUUUAAACCUCA